UCAUAUUUUCUAGUUUUUUAUACUUUUAUAAUUUUUUAUAUAUAUUUAUACAAAAUUUGUGAGAGGACAAAUAUUUGGCAAGUGUCAUUCGGCGACGUUUUAAUAUUAAUUGAAUCAGCAAUUUUUUAAAAUCAGCAAACAUGACGAAAGCAGAUAAGAAUCCGCCUAAGCCAGUUCAUCCACGUAAUAUCAAAAGCCAUGGUCUUUUUGGUAUGACCUUUAUACAGCAGCAUAUGAUAAAAGAUGAUGCAUGGACGCUGGAUUCUUUGAUUGAUGAGUUUCAUACUAUGUCAGAACUGCUUGGUAAGCGAACAACUUACCUAAAAAUGGAAAAACGUAACAGGUGGUCUGCUGCUGCGCAAAAAAAUCGCCGUCUUAAAAACGAAUGUCGUGCUGGACGGGCAAACUUACAAAAGGCAGUCAAUGGUAAUUUUAAUCAAAUACAUAACAUUUUCAUAAGUCACAAGGACAUGCAGCGCUUAUACAAAAGUAUGCCCGAACACUUGGUUGCGGAAAACAUUAAUCAGCGUACCUUUGUCUUGCGCAAAGAACGGGACCGUCUAAAAUAUCGCUGUAAAAAUCUUAAAGUCGAGUAUAAAAACAUAUUAUACAAGUGUUAUGAGGUCUUAAAUCGUAUAGAGAAUCAAGAGGAUUUCCGUUUGCCCGAAGAGAAAAAAAUCAAAUCGUUAAUUCGACAGCUCGAGAACUCGAAGAUACGCUUUAAAGCAAUUAAAACUAUUAACAGCGCUUAUAAAAAAGUUAUACAUGUUCUAAGGCAUGAUGAAAUUUUUUACGAUCCAAUAUUGAACUCACUUACUGAUGAUAUUGACGAUCAAGCUACAUUUAUUAAACAUAUAUUACAUAUUGGUUCGCCAGCUAUAACUAGAUAUAGAGUGUUAAAUGAUGAGUAUCGGACAUUAGAUAUGAAAUAUAAGAAAGAACUUCAGCAGGCCAUGCAUGAUAUUCUCAAUGCAAAGAAACCCGAGCCCACUGCGGCUGUUGCAAUACGUAGAACAACAAUGAGAAUGAGUGCAGCUCCUCAGGAAAGACGUUACGUACGAGAAACAAAUAGGAUGAUGUUUUUGAAAAAUGAGUUAACUGCAGUUAGUAACAUGGUCAGAGAAAUUAAAACUGCAACACUUUCAUCCCGAGCUCGAGAAAUAUUUCCAAGAAUCAAGUCGCAGAUUGACAACAAUACAAAACUAUUGAAGAAGAUUGGACUGGAUACGAUUGGUCAUCGUAAUCUUGAAAUAAAAAUGAAACGUGCGGCUGUAUAUGAAGGUACAUUACUGAACAAGGAAGGCCCUGAACAAAUCCAUCGCAAUAGCAUUAUUUUAUUCAUAGAAGAAAGAUUAGAAAAGGAGAAACAGAAAGAAAUAGAGAUUAUAGACUAUAUGAAAAAUCGUAAUGAUAUUGUUGUUGAACUUAGACUUAUGCUUUGGAAAUUGAAUGAUAUUUUAUGGUAUGUGGGUCGACCACCACGUAUUAUGCAACAAUCUUAUCCGACAAAUGAGCUAUCACUUCCGUUGUUAAGAUUUGAGAUGAUAAAUAUGCGUGCAGUGCCACCUAUAUAUAUAGAAGAAAAUGUUACAAAACUACUUAAUGUUAUCAAGAAAAAAAUGGAAACCGUUGUGCAAUUGUUUAAUGAAAAUGUCACACCUGAAGACUUUGCCGAAAUAAUUGAUGCUUAUGAUAAUGAAUAUAUAGAUAUAACUAAUGUUGCUGAAGAAGAAGACAUAGAAAAAGAAGAAGCGGCACAUAAAAUUGAAGAAGAUGAGCAGUGGGAGAUUUUCACUAAGAUGGUGCAAGCUGCACAGAACCGUAAGCAAAUGAAAGUGCAAAGUAUGAAAAUAGUGGAUGAACAUAAUAAGAAGGAUGAAUAAUUGUUAUUAUGUCACACCGAAGGAGUAACUUAGUUAUUAUACUGAAGAAAUCUUAAAGAUUAUAAGCUACAAUAAUCUAUAUAUAUCUUCAGUAUAAUAAAUAAGUUACUUUUGCUAUGAAAAAUGGAAAAUAACAAUAAAAAACGAAAUAAUAUUGAGUCAUUAGAGAAAUUGCUUAAUUUUUGAAAAGAAAAAUCUUCAAAAAUUCCAAACUCAAACGAAGAUAAUUAAAUGU